AUGAGACUUUCAAAUUCAUCUUUACAGUUUCACCAGAGACAUCAAAAUAAACAACAAGGAGGAGAACGAGUCACAGUUGUGUCUGGGGUUGUCCCAAACCGGUCCGCCCGCCUCCGUAUCUCAAGUCUUCCACCUCAACUCUCCGUAUUAGCCGAUUUGCGACCACCUCUUUCGCCGAUAAACUACAUAUUCCGCUCCUUCUGCAACUCCAUUACCUGCCGUCAAUUUGCCAAUAUGAAGCCCGUCGUCUCCGCCUUGAACGCAUGGUCUUGUGUCGUUAUCUCCGUUUUCGCAAUCAUCAUUCUCUCAGUCCUUGGCUCGCUAUACAAUAGCAACAACCACGCAUACACCGGAUCAGAAGGCGAACCCGAAGAUGGCCCCGCAGUCGCCGCCUCCAUUUACACCGCUGUGAUCGUCUACGCUGGCUUCUUCGUUUUCUGCGGUUUCCAGGCCUACCUUCACAUGCGAGGCAGCAGAGGUGGUGCUAUAUCACUUCAUUGA